AUGACUAUCCCUGAACUUAAAGCUGCUCUGCUUCGCUUCCUGGUCCUCAUUAUAGCUGUGGGCGUCCUGUGGGUCUUUAUCCUCAACUACCCCAAGUUUAAGACAACAGAGAUCCGCCUGCCCCGCUGGAUGGCUUCAUCCCGCAAGGACAUCAAGAUGGUGAAACACAAGUGUGACCUCAACAAGCCCUGCCCAGGCAACAAGUUCGCAUUCAAAGUCUUAAGCGGGGCCGCCAAUGUGGUGGGCCCCUCCAUCUGCUUCGAAAAUGAGAUGAUCAUGAGUCCUGUGAAAAACAACGUGGGCCGAGGCCUGAACAUUGCCCUGGUGAAUGGAUCCACAGGCAUGACGCUGAGGUACAAGUCUUUUGAUAUGUAUUCUGGAGACCCAAAGGUCCUGCUGGUCUUCCUUAAAGAAAUCCCAGAGGAUGCUCUGGUGCUGGUGGCCUCCUACGAUGACCCUGGAACCAAGAUGGACGACAGCAUCCGGCAGCUCUUCUCGGACCUGGGCAGCAACUACGCAAAGCAGCUGGGCUUCCGGGACAGCUGGGUGUUCAUGGGCGCCAGGCAUGGCAAGAGCAAAAGCCCCUACGAGAAGUUCUUAAAGAACAACCCGAAAGAGAACAAAUACGCAGACUGGCCCGAGCUGGUGGAGAUAGAGGGCUGUGUGUCCCGAAAGUUGUUCUAG